UCUCUCAAGCGGGGGCUGUUCUCGCUCUCUUCCUUUCUCUCCACGGGGUUGAGUCCUCUUCUUGGUUGCAGCCAUGGAGGCAGAUGGGAAUCAAGCGAUUUCUGGAAGCCCCAACGACUCGCAGCACGACCCCGGUAAAAUGUUUAUUGGCGGCCUGAGUUGGCAAACCUCACCAGAUAACCUUAGAGAUUAUUUUAGCAAAUUUGGAGACAUCAGAGAAUGUAUGGUCAUGCGGGACCCAACGACAAAGCGCUCCAGGGGGUUUGGUUUCGUUACAUUUGCUGAUCCGGCAAGUGUUGAUAAAGUAUUAGCUCAACCCCAUCAUGAAUUAGAUUCCAAGACGAUUGACCCUAAAGUAGCAUUUCCCCGACGAGCUCAGCCUAAGAUGGUCACAAGAACAAAGAAAAUAUUUGUAGGUGGAUUAUCAGCUAAUACAGUAGUGGAAGAUGUAAAGCAAUACUUUGAACAGUUUGGCAAGGUAGAAGAUGCCAUGCUUAUGUUUGACAAGACAACCAACAGACAUAGAGGAUUCGGCUUUGUAACUUUUGAGAACGAAGAUGUCGUGGAAAAAGUCUGUGAAAUCCAUUUUCAUGAAAUCAAUAAUAAAAUGGUGGAAUGUAAGAAAGCACAACCUAAGGAAGUGAUGUUUCCGCCAGGGACGAGAGGAAGGGCUCGUGGAUUACCGUACACCAUGGAUGCUUUUAUGCUAGGGAUGGGAAUGUUGGGUUACCCAAAUUUUGUCGCAACCUACGGCAGAGGAUACCCUGGAUUUGCCCCCAGUUACAGUUACCAAUUCCCAGACUAUUUGCCGAUUUCACAAGACAUAAUUUUUAUCAACUAGUUCUUAAAGAUGCAUAACAAAUUAAUCGGGGUUUACUACUAAUGAGAAAAAGAGAGAGAGAGAAAGCCUGGGUGGUCCAUACAUUAAUAUCAGUAUCCACUGAGAAAAAAAAAACAUGCUGCUCUUGCUUCUUUACCUGCCUGGACUUUUUUUAAAAUAAAGAAAACCUUCAUAUCCUUUCCUCUUUUUUUUUUUCAUUUUUGCUUUCUUGGGUUUCUUUUUUUUUCUUGUUCUGUGCUUUGUAUUUUUUUUUAAAUACCCAUGUCAACUGUAACUCUCACUGGGAUUGGCGUGUGGGGUUGUGGGCAAAUGGCAUAACAAUUUCUCACAAACUUUUAUUUGGAAAGAAAUACUAACCUCGUUAUAACCUGCAUCAUAGGGCAGCGUAGAAAUCUGGAAAGAUGACGCAUGUAGGGCUUAUUCAUGUAUAGCUGUCGCAUCUAAGCACAACAGCAGGUAUUGUAACUGUUGGACAGAAGGGUUCUUAGACACACGAGGAGGGUGAAUCUGAGUGUUUUAAGUACAAAUAUCCAGUAAUCAUAAUUUACUGGGAACUGCAUAAUGACCAGUCUCUCUCCUUAGAGCUUUCUCUUUGCUUGGAUGCCUUUCCCCGGGGGGCCAGCAUGUUGUUACCUGCUGUGUGCCAUGAUGAGAGCAUAGGAGACUGCCUUAGAAAAGUAAACAGAAGCUCUGCUCUGAAAAUUUAAUUGUGCCCCUCUGAGAAGUGAGACCACCUUGUUAACGAAGUCAGAGAUGGUGCCCAUCAUAAGCCCAGCUGACCUGUUACGCUCGGCACAGGGCUGCUGGCAGAAGUGCCAUCCCUGUGGUGGGUUCUCACCCAUAUGGGUUGAGUUGUCAUCACAGCAUGCAUUACCCUGUUCCUGUAACUUUUCAGGCUAGAGAGUGAUAUGGUACCCAUUCUGAAUUGCCUGGUGGAGGCCUCGCUCCCCUGGUGGUUGGCCAUUUCAUGCCUGGGGUGUCCCACUUUCAGGCUCCAUCGUCUCCCAUGAUCCAACGUUCUCCACCACAUGAGAUGGAGAAAGCAAGGAUGACGGGAGAAGGGCCCAGAACAGUUACUUUUAGGACACCAGCUUCCAGAAUCCCCCCCAGGGCAUGCAGUUAAGGGGGAUUCUGGGAACUGUAGUCUCAGAAAGUACCCUUUCUAAAUUUUUUUUGGGGGGGGGGUUAGUUUAGCCUUGCCUUUUCCUUGUCAUGAUAGUUUUCAGUUUUCUGUAAUUUAUGGAUGGGCUCUUCUUCUCAAUCUGAACUGAUAAACACUCCAGAGUUUCUUCCCAAUUAACCAAGUCCCAUAUUGCUCUUUUGGCUUCCCCCUUGCAUAGCACAUCUUCUAGAAGAGCUGAUUUUCCGACUGCGUAGCAAAACAAGACACACUCUGGUAUUCAAAAAGCAACAAGCAAACUAAGCCAUUCUUCUUAUUCCCAAAGUUUGUGAGAAAUUGGUUGCAUGCUUAAAGUAGAAUUGCAAUGCAUUUUAAAAUAUUUGUUUAAAUCACUUGUUUAUCAUGUCAAAGUUGCUGCUGACAGAGCUGUGCUGUUUCAUUUACUGUUGGUGCUUGAUAUCACAAUUGUUCAGUUCAAUUUAUUAUUUUUUUAAUCUUUUUGCAGUCUGUGUCUUUUAAAACUUGUAUGGCUUUUUAAAUUACUUUGUUUCUGUUUUUUUGCUAUGAUUUGCUUUGUAUUGGCGAUCGUGUCCUACAAUGCAUGACUUCGCGGGCAUUUUAACUGUUGUAUGAUUUGUCCUUUCCUCCUUUCGGUUUCAUUUUGUAAGUAGAUCAUCUGUGCUUGUCUUUUUGUUUUGCUUUUCUCUUUUUGUUUUUGGAAGAAAAAAAAAAUCCCUGUAAGCAACCGA